UUUUGACAAUUCGUCUGAGAUUUUGCAGCCGAUCACUUUCCGGCGGGCCAUUGUGUUGUCCCACAUCUUCUUUUUCAUCUUCUUCAAAAUCGAAGGAUUAGCGCUUUAUUCCACUUGAAUAUACAAUAAUGGCAGUAUUCUUCUUCUAGGGUUACUGAAAACCCUCCCCCUUACUGAAUUCAAAGAGACAGGGAGGGGAGAGAGAUGUCUCGCCAAGCGACGACGACCGCCUUUCAUAAGUCGAAGACCCUGGACAACAAAUAUAUGCUCGGAGAUGAGAUUGGGAAAGGAGCAUAUGGUCGAGUUUACAAGGGUUUAGACUUGGAGAAUGGAGAUUUUGUUGCAAUAAAACAAGUUUCUCUGGAGAAUAUUGCUCAGGAGGACCUCAACAUUAUCAUGCAAGAAAUUGACUUACUUAAGAAUUUGAACCACAAAAAUAUAGUAAAGUAUCUUGGAUCCUUAAAGACAAAGACCCAUCUUCAUAUAAUUCUUGAGUAUGUGGAGAAUGGUUCACUUGCAAACAUUAUCAAGCCAAACAAAUUUGGGCCAUUUCCUGAAUCACUGGUGGCUGUUUAUAUAGCUCAGGUUUUGGAAGGCUUGGUUUAUUUGCAUGAACAGGGGGUUAUUCAUCGAGAUAUUAAGGGUGCCAAUAUUUUGACUACUAAAGAGGGUCUUGUUAAGUUAGCAGAUUUUGGGGUUGCAACAAAGCUAACAGAGGCAGAUGUUAAUACACAUUCAGUUGUUGGCACACCUUACUGGAUGGCUCCUGAGGUGAUUGAAAUGUCAGGAGUUUGUGCUGCAUCUGAUAUAUGGAGUGUUGGUUGUACUGUAAUUGAGCUACUUACUUGUGUGCCUCCUUACUAUGAUCUUCAACCCAUGCCAGCUCUCUUUAGGAUUGUUCAGGAUGAAAAUCCUCCAAUUCCAGAUAGCUUGUCACCUGGUAUCACAGAUUUUUUACGCCAGUGCUUUAAAAAGGAUGCUAGGCUGAGACCUGAUGCAAAAACACUUCUUUCUCACCCUUGGAUACAAAAUUCAAGGCGUGUUGUAUUGCAGUCUUCACUUCGCCAUAGUGGUACACUCAGGAACAUAGAAGAUGAUGGCUCAGUGGGUGCAAAAACUUCAAAUGCAGAUGAUCUAACCACUGUUGAGAAUCUCUCUGUGGAGAAAGUCAAAGAAGCUAAAACAGAGUUGCUAUUGGCUGAAGCUACUCUUGCUGGCAAGUCAUAUGAGGAAAAUGAUUCAAGUAAUGAAAAAGCAGAUGUAUCAGAAGACGAUGUUGCAGUUGCCACUUUAGCUAUUCAUGAGAAAUUACCAUUAGAACCUUCAUCUGUAAACAAUGAAACUAAUCAAGAACAUGCCCAUGAGAAGCUACUAUCAGAAUUAGGUGCCACUGAGAUAACGAUAACAAAUGGUGACUCAGAGUCAAAAUCAAAAACUACAAAAGUCAAAGAAAACGGAAGUUCAGUUACUACUGAAACCAGUUCAACUACUUCUAGCCACAAAGGCCAUGACAACACUUCUCAAAAGUCUAUGAAAGCAUCAAGAACAGUUGGAGGAAACAACGAACUGAGUAAAUUCAGUGAUACACCUGGUGAUGCUUCGUUGGAUGAUUUAUUUCAACCAAUGGAUAAAACCUUUGAAGAUCGGUCAGCUGAAGCUUCAACAUCUGCUUCUUCAUCACACAUGAAUAGUAAUAAUAAUAAUAAUCAAGGGAACACAGAUACAGGAAGAGCUGACUUGGCAACACAUUUAAGGGCUACAAUUGCUCAAAAACAGUUGGAGAAUGAACCAGGUGGACAGUCUAAUGGAGGAGAUAUACUUCAUCUUAUGAUGGGUGUUUUAAAAGAAGAUGUGAUUGGUAUUGAUGGUCUAGGGUUUGAUGAUAAACUACCUGCAGACAAUCUUUUUCACCUGCAAGCUGUUGAAUUUGGGAAAUUAGUUUCUUCAUUGAGACCAGAGGAAUCAGAAGAUGUGAUUGUGUCAUCGUGUCAUAAGUUAACUGUUUUCUUUCAACAUCGCCCUGAACAGAAACUUGUUUUUAUGACUCAACAUGGAUUACUCCCUCUUCUGGAAUUGCUUGAGGUUCCUAGGACACGGGUGCAGGUUAUAUGCUCCGUGCUUCAUGUCUUGAAUCAAAUCAUCAAGGAUAACACUGACUUUCAGGAGAAUGCUUGUCUUGUUGGACUUGUACCUGUUGUUAUGGGGUUUGCAGUGCCUGAUAGAACAAGAGAGGUUCGUAUGGAAGCAGCUUACUUUUUGCAGCAACUUUGUCAGUCAAGCUCAUUGACGUUACAAAUGUUUAUAGCAUGCCGUGGGAUACCUGUUCUUGUGGGAUUUCUGGAGGCUGAUUAUGCAAAAUACAGGGAAAUGGUCCAUCUAGCUAUUGAUGGAAUGUGGCAGGUAUUUAAGCUUCAAAGAUCAACACUUAGGAAUGAUUUUUGUCGAAUAGCUGCAAAAAACGGAAUAUUACUGAGGCUCAUAAAUACCCUUUAUAGCUUAAAUGAAGCAACCAGGCUGGCUUCCAUAUCUGGUGGAGGUGGCUUUUCAAUGGAUGGUUUAGGUUUAGGUAUAGCCACCCGAUCAAGAUCCGGUCCAUUAGAUUCAAGUAGUAACACUUUCAUGCAAACUGAAAGUGCAGCCAAUGGGAUGGAUUAUGUUGACCAUGUCAAAGUCAAACACGGUGUAACAACAGAUCAAUCAUCUUCUCAUUCACCUGAUUCAAGAUUCUUCACUUUAGACAUUGAUAAACAUCAUCAUCAUCAUCAUCAAUCAAGCAACACUAGUGCUGAAGCUCCAUUUAAUUCAAGAUCACCAGAUUCCAAUACAGUGAAGGAGGAGAGAGGAGAUGGUUCACACGAUGUUGAACAUAAACAGAGACUUUCUAAUUUUGGAAGGUUGUCCACUGAUAGGCCUAGGAAAUCUAUGGAUGUUGUAUCAAAUGGGCAAGAAAAUGUCCGCCCUCUAUUAAGUCUUUUGGAAAAAGAACCCCCUUCACGACACUUUUCUGGUCAACUUGAAUAUGUUCGCCAUUUGACCGGAUUAGAAAAACAUGAAAGUAUACUCCCACUUUUGCAUACUUCUAUUGAAAAGAAGAACAAUGGGCUCGAUUUCUUAAUGGCUGAAUUUGCUGUGGCUGAUCUUUUACUUGAAUUCGCGGGUGCUGACUCAACAGUAAAGUCGUACAUGUGUAGCCAAAGUUUACUCAGCCGGUUAUUCCAAAUGUUCAACAAAAUCGAACCCCCUAUUCUAUUAAAGCUUUUAAAAUGCAUCAAUCUUUUGUCCACGGAUCCACACUGUUUGGAACAUCUACAAAGAGCCGAUGCCAUUAAACAUCUUAUCCCAAAUCUUGACCUCAAAGAUGGCCCUCUCGUUUCCCAAAUUCAUCACGAGGUCUUGAACGCACUAUUCAACCUAUGCAAAAUUAAUAAACGGAGACAGGAACAGGCAGCAGAAAACGGAAUAAUUCCACAUUUAAUGCGUUUCAUAAUGUCGGAUUCUCCAUUAAGACAAUACGCAUUGCCUUUGUUAUGUGAUAUGGCCCACGCGUCACGUAAUUCGAGGGAACAGUUGAGAGCGCAUGGUGGAAUGGAUGUCUACUUAAGCUUACUUGAAGACCAGCUUUGGUCUGUAACAGCUUUGGAUUCAAUUGCUGUGUGUUUGGCACAUGACAAUGACAACAAGAAAGUGGAACAAGCUUUGUUGAGAAAGGAAUCUGUUCAGAAGUUGGUCAGAUUCUUUCAGUGCUGUCCUGAACAGUUUUUCCUUCACAUAUUAGAGCCAUUUUUGAAAAUCAUCACGAAAUCAAUUGAGAUAAAUAAAACACUGGCUGUUAACGGGUUGACACCGUUACUCAUAUCCAGACUUAAUCACCAGGAUGCUAUAGCACGUCUCACUCUGCUAAAAUUAAUAAAGGCUGUAUAUGAACAUCAUCCACGUCCAAAGCAGCUGAUUGUAGAGAAUGAUUUGCCUCAAAAAUUACAAAACUUAAUUGAAGAACGAAGAGAUGGGCAAAGCUCUGGUGGUCAAGUUCUGGUGAAGCAAAUGGCCACCUCACUGCUUAAAGCACUUCAUAUCAAUACUGUUUUAUGAUUCAUUUGAUUCGGUCUUGAGUCUGUUUGACUUUUCACGUGUAAAUAUAUAAUUUUUGGUGUGUCAUGGGAUGUAAUUAUUUAUUUUGAUUUUUUGUUUGUUGGAAUCACGUUCUCGUGUUUUGGUUUGGUUUGUGUUUGAUUUCAUCUUGUGUAAUCUGUACCCUAGCAUGCUGCCUAUGUAUAACAAAGGUGUAUAGAUUAUUAUAUUCUAAUCGAUUGCUGUGCUUUGCUGUUUUAAACGUGUGCAAACCCAAGCCAACACACGCCAAG